AUGGAAUUGCUUCUCUUAUACCCUAGGGCUGCAGUAGUUGGGCUACUUGUAUUGGCUUUUGUUCUCUCCUUUUUACUUUGGAGGUCUGCCAACUCUAAGCAGGCUGAAGUUAGACCAAUCAAAAGCUGUUUACCGGUUGAAGCAGGCGGCGCAUGGCCCAUAAUUGGUCACCUCCACCUCUUAGCUGGAGGCUCACAGCUCGCCCACAUAAUAUUGGGAGGCAUGGCUGACAAAUACGAGCCAUCAUUCACCCUAAGACUCGGAGUUCACAGGGCCGUGGUAGUCAGUAGCCUGGAAAUGGCGAAGGAGCUUUUCACCUCCCAGGAUACGGUUGUAUCACAACGACCAACUUGUUUAGCAGCUAAACUCCUCGGCUACAACUAUGCCAUGUUUGGCUUCGCUCCUUACGGCCCAUUUUGGAGGGAGAUCCGCAAAAUAAUUUCCCAAAAAUUGCUCUCUGCUCGCCGGCUCGAGCUCCUCAAGCACGUGAGAGUUUCUGAAACUGGGAUUUUCGUGAAAGAGCUUUACAGGGAGUCAUCAAAGGGUCGUGCUUUGGUUGAUAUGAAGCGGUGGGUUGGGGGCUUGACUUUAAACGUGAUUAUAAGAAUGAUUGCCGGAAAAAGAUACUUUGGGGGAGCAAUAGAUGUUAGUGAGGAGAAAGAAGCCAGGCAGUGCCAGAAGGCGGCGAGGGAUUUCUUUCAUUUAGUUGGGAUAUAUGUGGUGGCCGACUUCGUUCCUUUCUUGGGUUGGUUAGACUUAGAAGGACACGAGAAGAAACUGAAGGAAACUGCUAAAGAAAUGGAUCAGAUUGUUGAGGGAUGGCUGAAGGAGCAUAAACGGAGAAAAGAGUCCGGCAAGGGUGAUGGCCAACAAGACUUCAUGGACGUAAUGCUCUCGGUCACCCAAGGUGGCCAAGGAGAAAUAAUGAACCUUGCUCGAGGCUAUGAUGCUGACACCAUUGUCAAGGCCACGUGCCUAGAUUUGAUGUCCGGUGGGAGUGACACCACAGCAAUUGUGCUAACAUGGGCACUAUCUCUCUUGUUGAACAAUCCUCAAGUCCUGAGAAAAGCUCGAGAAGAACUAGAUCUCCAUAUUGGCAAGGAUAGACGAGUAACAGAAUCAGACAUCAACAAUCUGGGCUACCUUCAAGCCAUUGUCAAAGAGACAUUUCGGCUGUACCCAGCUUCUCCACUGGGCGUUACUAGGGACUUCAAUGAAGACUGCACUUUCGGUGGUGGUAAUUAUCAUGUCCCCAAAGGCACGAGGCUGAUAUUCAACCUGUGGAAACUCCAGCGGGAUCCAAACAUAUGGCCUGAUGAUCCAUCCGAAUAUAGGCCUGAGAGGUUCCUUUCGACUCAUAAAGGUGUUGAAAUCAAUGGAAAGCAAUUCGAACUGGUCCCCUUUGGCGCAGGCAGAAGAAUUUGCCCUGGAUUGCAUUUUGGCAUUCAAAUGAUACACCUGAUUUUAGCAGAUUUGCUUCAUGCAUUUGACAUCUCAAAGCCGAGCGAUGAACCGGUUGAUAUGACUGAGAGCGCUGGAUUAACAAAUGCCAAAGCCACGCCUCUUGAUGUGCUAAUUGCACCGCGCCUGUCUCCUAAUCUUUAUUAA